CUGCCAGUGAACUGUAAGAACGACGACAGGAGCUAAUGCUGAAAGAAGCAGUCCCCCAAUAUCGCUGUGCUUCUACAAACUGGAGUAAGAAGUAACUCUAGAGAGAGAAGAAGAAGAAAGAAGAAGAAGAAGAAGAAGAAAGAAAGAAGGUACUUUCAUAUAUAUAUAUAUACAGAUGGACAUGUAUUAUUAAAUUGAGGUUGCAGAAAGGGGCUGCAAUGGCGGCGUUUGCAGUGCUCUGGAUUUAAUGCAAUUCCAUAACAAUUACAGAUAUUUCAAUUCUUCAUUAAUCUUUGCCAUGGAUUCGUUUUCAAUUUUGAGAUUAAUUAGCAGCAGCAUCAGCAGCAGCUUCAAUGGCGAUAGGAUCCACAUCUAGGGUUUCGAGCAAUUGAAGCACAAUCAGAGGCUGCCAAUUCGCAAUAACGACAACGGCGACUCUAUUGGAGCUGUCAAUCGGAGAUACAGACCUUCACCGCCGGAGAAUGAACUGCCAGGACUGCGGGAACCGAGCGAAGAAGGAUUGCGUGCACAUGAGGUGCCGGACCUGCUGCAAAAGUCGGGGAUUUCAAUGCCCGACCCACGUGCACAGCACGUGGGUGCCGGCGGCCAGACGCCGCGAGCGGCAGCAGCAGCAGGUGAUAACGAGCACUGCCGCCGCCACCAAGCGGCUGAGAGAGGUUUCCGGCGCGGCGGCGGUGGCUGCUUCCACUUCCGGGUUUGAGUUGGGGCAUUUCCCGCCGGAAGUGACAUCUCCGGCGGUGUUCCGGUGCGUGAGAGUGAGCGAGGCGGAGGAGCAGCGGCUGGCGUAUCGGACGGCGGUGAAUAUCAGAGGGCAUGUUUUCGGGGGGAUUCUGUACGAUCAAGGUCCGGAGAGCUGGUACAGAGAGAGCUCCUCUCACGCGCCGCCGCCGUUGCUCCUCCAUUCGGCGGCCGGAAACCGGAGUUUGGCGUUGUUUGAACCUUCAAUAUAUACUUGCGGCAGCAACUCUUUCAUGGCGGAUACGCCGCUCUUCCCGCCACCAAGACCUUAACUAACUAUAGAGACAAAUAUAUAUAUAUAACUUCUCUAAUGCUUGCAUAUGAUUAGUGUUUUGAAUUAGUGUGCAUUAUA